AGAGAAGAGAGGGAGUUAUCGCCCUUACUGUAAUCUUCUCUGUGAGAAACAGCGAAUAGUACCAGCAGCGUUUACGCGAACAAGCACGAUGUCGGGUUCAUUCAAAAAGGCUUUAAAAUCGAACCAAAAGGUUCACAGAGAGCGAUCACAACCUGAAGCAAGAGCCCAUCUAGGACCUUUAGAAAAAAAGAAGGAUUACAAAGCCAGAGCAGAGGAUUUCCAGAAAAAAAGAGAUACCCUCAAAGCUUUGAAGAAAAAGGCUGAAAGCAGAAAUCCAGAUGAGUUCUACUUUAACAUGGUGUCAACUCAAAAAGUUGAUGGAGUACAUAAAAAAAGAAAAGAAAAAGAGGAGACAACAACUGAAGAACAGCAGCUGCUUAUGGAAAGAGAAGAUCUGCGGUAUGUACAGUGGAAGCGGACAGUGGAACUCAAGAAAAUUGAGAAGUUAAAAAGUUCUCUUCAGUUGUUGGAUCCUGAAUUUAAACAAAAUAAGCACACCAUCUUUGUAGACACAGAAAAAGAAGUCUCAGAAUGUGCUAGGAAUGCCGCUUCUAGAGCAACAGUCAUACGUAAUGCUCCACCAGAGGUCCAGGAGGAAAUGGAAAAAGUGUAUAGCCAGCUAGCCAAGAGGUACGAGCGCCUUCGUGAACUGACCAUCAUUUCGCAGAAGCUGGAGAUGAAUAUUCAUCUUACAAAGGAUAAAACAUCCAAAAAGAAACUCGUGGCAGCAGAAACAAAGGAAGCUGCAGCAUCCUACAGGUGGUGCUUUCAGCGCAAGAGAUAACACCGUUCCUACCAGUGGUCAAUGCCCAUGAUUUAUGUAGUCCAGUGCAACGAGUGCUUGAGUACUGCCCACUGCAGGGAUGCUGCUUUAUAACUUGUCUUGAUUUGGAGACUUUUGUGUUACAAAGUUGUGACUGAUGUUUGAGGUGGUGAAAAAAGGCUGAAAAGAAACGUUUAAAAUCUCCAUAUUUUGAUGUUUGUGUUUUUGGUUUGAUGGAUUUUGUCUUUAAGUGAGUGUGUGAGAGAGCAUACGGAAAUAACUGCAUCAGUUAGCGAGCUCCAGUCAUGUAUUUUACUGACUUGUUUUUAUCCAUGUGCACCCGAAAAUGUGGUUAUUGAUUCAGUUUUUGUUGUUGUUGUAAUAUUUAACUCCCAAAAGAAGUCAUAGUGCAAAUUAUGCCUGUACACUUACUGGAAUGGAAAAUGAAGUGUAACUCACUCUUUACCUAGUACAUUGAGCAAUGUGCAGAAGGAAGAUUUAAUUAUCUGAAUUAAUAUUGACAUCUGCAACAAAAAGUCACAAUCUUUCUUAGAUAACAAUAUGCUGUUAGGUUUUAAUCUAUCACGUUGAAUUAUAAAUAUAUUGGUAUUUUAAGUAUAAUCCAUUUUGCUUGGACUUUCGCCAUAGCGCCACUAUGGUGCUCAUUCCAUAGACCAUGAACCUGACACUGCAGGGGUAAGGAAAAAGGCAGGAAGGUAUAUGUUGUACAAGGUGAAAUCCACAAAAUAAAAAGCUCUAGAGUCUA